CCCCACCCCUUUGGGUCGUUCUCCUUGCCCCCUCCCCUUUAAAAUGCUCCGCCCCUCUCCUUAUUCCCUCCUAAGGCCCCGCCCAUGGAAGCCCCGAUGCGUCUCUCCUCCCCUUUGGACCGCUCAUCCUCCCCGCCCCUAAGGCAAUUUACCUCUAGGCUCCGCCUUUUUAAGACCCAGCUACUUCGCUUCCCAAGACCUUCUCCUUCCCCCGGCGUGCCCCGAAGGCCCAUCCACCGUGGGCCCGCCCCUCCCGUGACGCACGCACUAGUUUUGGCCUUCAGCAUCCAAACCUCUUUAUACCCAGGCCCUCCAACCCCACCCCCUUGUGAAGGCUCCCCUCUCGCCCCACCCCUUAUCGAACCCUGCCAGGCACUCAGCCCCUCCUAUUUGGAAGUCACAGCGUAGACCACCUCCUCUUUAGAACCUUGAGACCAGUCCCUGCCCCUGCCCCUGUCCCCUCCUCAUAGCAUUAGGGACCAAUGGCGCAGAUGGAUGGAGAAGUGGGAGAUUCCCUCUGGAUCUUAAGAAAAUGGGGGCAGGGGGGCUGCUCUCUGGAGCUAGUGCCGGGCUCUAGGACCCAGCGGGCAAGUAAGCCCGCCUCGCUCUUACCCCUCCCCCAAGCCGCCCCUUCCCCCCCCACCCGUCUUCCAGGUUCCCCCUCCCUCCCCCCUCGACCCGGCUCCCGGUGCCCGUCUCCAGCGCCGCCGGAGCCAGCGAGGGAGCCGGAACGAAAAGGAGGAGGAGGAGGAGGAGGCCGCGUCGCCGCCGCUCGGAGCCCGGCCGGAGCCUCGCAGGCAGGUACAUGGUGCGGGUCCGAGCUGUGGUGAUGGCCCGAGAUGACUCCAGUGGGGGCUGGCUGCCUGUGGGGGGCGGGGGCCUCAGCCAGGUGAGCGUGUGUCGGGUCCGAGGGGCCAGGCCCGAGGGGGGGGCCCGCCAGGGGCACUACGUCAUCCACGGGGAGCGCCUCCGGGAUCAGAAAACGACCUUGGAGUGUACCCUGAAGCCAGGCUUGGUUUACAACAAGGUGAAUCCCAUCUUUCACCACUGGAGCCUGGGUGACUGCAAGUUUGGACUGACGUUUCAGAGCCCUGCAGAGGCUGAUGAGUUCCAGAAGAGCCUGCUGGCUGCGCUGGCCGCGCUGGGUCGAGGCUCACUCACCCCCUCCUCCUCCUCCUCCUCCUCCUCCUCCUCCUCUCCUUCCCAGGACACUGCAGAGACCCCCUGCCCUCUGACGUCCCACGUGGACAGCGACUCCUCCUCCAGUCACAGCCGCCAGGAGACGCCUCCCAGCGCCGCUGUGGCCCCCAUCAUCACGAUGGAGUCAACUUCGGGCUUCGGGCCGGCCACGCCCCCCCAGCGCCGCCGCUCCUCUGCUCAGAGCUACCCUCCGCUUCUGCCGUUCACUGGGAUUCCAGAGCCGUCAGAGCCCCUGGCAGGGGCAGGGGGCCCGGGGUGGGGCGGCCGCGGCUACGAGGAUUACCGGCGCUCUGGGCCACCCGCGCCCCUCGCCCUGUCCACCUGCGUCGUGCGCUUCGCCAAGACCGGCGCGUUGAGGGGCGCUGCCCUGGGGCCCCCAGCGGCACUACCUGCCCCUUUGACAGAGGCUGCGCCCCCAGCGCCCCCAGCUCGCCCACCCCCCGGCCCGGGCCCAGCCUCUGCUCCUGCCAAGGCCUCCCCGGAGGCGGAGGAGGCAGCGCGCUGCGUGCAUUGCCGAGCGCUCUUCCGCCGCCGAGCGGACGGGCGUGGCGGCCGCUGCGCAGAGGCCCCAGACCCUGGUCGCCUCCUGGUGCGCCGUCUGAGCUGCCUGUGGUGCGCCGAGAGCUUGCUCUACCACUGCCUGUCGGACGCCGAGGGCGACUUCUCGGACCCAUGUGCCUGCGAGCCGGGCCACCCGCGCCCUGCCGCGCGCUGGGCCGCGCUGGCCGCGCUCUCCCUGGCAGUGCCCUGCCUCUGCUGCUACGCGCCCCUGCGCGCGUGUCACUGGGUUGCAGCGCGAUGCGGCUGCGCCGGCUGCGGGGGUCGCCACGAGGAGGCUGCGCGGUGAGGACGGCUUGGCGGGUCCCCUAGCCGGUCCGAGGGCCCAAAAUUGAGGGACCAGGACCCUGGACUCCAUUCGGACCUAAAACCCAAACCUAGGCACACCCGGAACUUGGCGCUUGAGUUUGGACUGAGAGAUCUCAGACCUGGAGCCUGGACCCCAAACCUAGGACUGAGAGACCCCAGCCCCAGCUUCACUGGGAUGUCUGUCCAAGAGGUCCCAGGCGUCCUGAGUUCUGGCGUUCCCCCAUCCCCACUCCCCACGUGGAGGCUCCAGGCGUCCCAUACUUUGCAUCUCAGAAGGGCCAGAGAGCUCAUAGAUCCUGGAGAGGGCAGGUCCCUGUUGAAAUGAACAAUCUAGAUCACGGUCAUGCCUGGCACCAUGUCCCUCAGAUUACAGCCCCACAAUUAGU